AUGCGCGGACAAACCGACGCACAAACGUCAUAAACACGCACCCGGAAGUGACAAUUGUUGUGGAAUUCCUGAUGACAUGACGAUUCAAACGCCCUAGAAAUACUGAACGAUUUUACAGCCAGCUGGAGAAGUCGCUCACAGUCGUCAAACAUGCAUGGUAGAGUAAAGGUCAAGUCCACUGCCCAGCAAGAGGAGGAGAAGAGGAAGGAGCGGGAGCGGAAACUAAAGAUAUAUGUGGCUGCAAGAGAUGCAUGUUUUUCAAAGAGGAAAGAUGGGAUCCUGGAUGAUGAAGCUCUCAAUCUGAGCCAGCAGCUGCUCUCUUCUAAUCCUGAUUUUGCAACCCUCUGGAACUUCAGACGAGAAAUCCUGAUGCACCAGGAGACUGUAAAAGAUGAAGAUGAAGUACAAAAGCUUUAUGAGGCUGAGCUCUCAUUUCUGGAGUCCUGCCUCAAAGUCAACCCAAAGUCAUACGGCAGCUGGCAUCAUCGAAGCUGGGUUUCGGCACGCUUACCUCGACCUGACUGGGCCAGAGAGUUGAGUCUAUGUGAUCGAUGUCUCAACCUAGAUGACCGCAACUUCCAUUGUUGGGAUUACCGGCGGAUGGUGGUGAAAAUGUCGAAGGUGCCUGUAACUCAGGAGUUGCAGUUCACUGAUCGUCUGAUCAGUUCCAACUUUUCCAACUACUCCAGUUGGCACUACAGGAGCACAUUAUUGCCCCUCCUACACCCUCAGUCUCCUGAGUCCCCCUCACUCUCAAAUGGGUCUCCUGCAGCCUCACCUCCUCCUUCUCCGACGAACCAGUCACAUCGCGUCUGUGAGGAGCAGCUUUUAAAAGAAUACGAGCUGGUCCAGAAUGCCUUCUUCACCGAUCCCAAUGACCAGAGUGCUUGGUUUUAUUAUCGUUGGUUGCUUGGCAGAGCUCAGCGUGAUGAGAUGAUUAGUUGUGUAUACGUCAGUCGUGAAGACGGGAGAGUUGCGGUGGCAUUUUCCAGGCCUGUUAAUGUGCUGACUAAUGGCCUGCUACUGUUGCUUGAUGGGCAGCCACAGAAAGUGCAAUGGAGGAGCUUCCACCCUCAGUUCAAGCACAGCCCCGUGUGGAUCUGUGAUCUUCCACCUGGAUUGAUCAGUGACAUCACAAAUGAGCAUGAUCUGUCGGUGCACUGGUGUGAAAAACACACACACAAGGAUUGGACUCUCCAUACAGGUCGCAGUGAAAGCUGGUGUCGGGACUCUGCCACCGGACAAGAGCUUUUCAAGAGUGAGCUGUCAGUGGAGAAGACCUCAGUGUUACAGUCGGAGCUACAGUCGUGUCAGCAGCUUCAAGAACUGGAGCAACUCAAUAAGUGGUGUUUACUCACCAUCAUCCUCCUCAUGAGGGCACUAGACCCCCUCGGAUAUGAAAAGGAAACCCUCACGUAUUUCCAAACGCUCAAGGAAGUAGAUGUGAUGCGGUCAGCGUAUUACAGCGACCUGUGCAGCAAGUUCAUGAUUGAAAACACCAUUCUGAAAAUGGAGUACGCUGAAGUUCGUGUGUUCAGUAUCGCUAACAAGAACCUGACCAAUCUGUGCCACCUGGACCAGCUGUUACUAGUUACCCACAUAAAUCUGUCUUCUAACCAGCUGCGACGCCUUCCCCCUCAAUUUGCCAUGUUGCAGUGCCUCCAGGUGUUGGAAGCUGAAGACAACUGCAUCGAAACCCUGGAAGGAGUCUAUCAGUUGCCCGAGCUGGAGGAAGUCCUAUUGAAGAACAACAAAAUAUCAUCUCUGGCUGUCCUGCAGCAGCUGGCCUCCUGCCCCAAGUUGAAGCGCCUCGAUCUCCGUGGCAACCCCGUCACUCAGACCGCUGACGUGGAGCCACAGCUUUCCAAACUUCUGCCCUCAGUCACAGACCUCCUGCUCUGAUCACUGCUACAUUGUCUUGUCACUCAACUGUCCCCCACAAUCGUGUCUUUGUUUGUCAGAGGAGAAAUUACUCAACUGUCUCCUCCACUUGUUUUGAAAAAGGAUGUCUGUCAUUUUGGCUCAACUGCUUCUGAGUGCUGAUGUGGAGUGUCGCCCUUGGAAAGGCGUGUGUGUGCGCGUGCGUGCGUGUGUGUCAGAGAGCAAUAUCCACUGUUGCAUCUCAUCAAAGUAGUGUGAGUGAAUCAGCAGUAGCCCCUGUGCAUGAUGAUGUUUUAAAUGUGUUGUAUCACUAACUGUGGCUCUCAUACUUGAUAACCAAGUUAUAUCAUGGUCACUGAAAUGUAAUUGGUGAAAACUUAAAUAAUGCUUCAACAACACCAAACCUGUGAUCUCAAUCUAAAUGUGCGUGUUGAUUGUCUUUUUAAAUGAAUUAAUUUCACCUUCAAGCAAGUUUGAAGCAGUAUGACAGCUCCUCACUGAACUUAAGAAAACAAACAAGUCAUGCGUGAAUAAUGUUCGACUCAGAAGCAAGACACGGUGCACAGAUAUUUAUGAUCUCAUCUCACAACGUGCCAUGAAGCUUAACAACUGUUUAGUCAUCAUGAUGUUAACAUGUUUGUGCCAUCGCAAAUAAAAACUCGA